UUCUCCAUAAAUGACAGCACUGCUGGUCUCCACUGUGCUGCGGUCUGAUGACGUGCUCUCGUCACAGGUUAAUGACGCUUUUACUGGGGCCCUGGAGUGAGGUGAAGCUGCUUCGGCUGCGGGGCGAGUGCGGCGGCUGCAGAUCAGGCAAGACCCCGGCUACCUGGCGGAUGCGUGAACUCGGCCCGCCGGUGUGUGCAAGUGCCAUGUCUCUGAUGUUCUCCCGCUCACAUCCAGUUGUAGUUGGUAAAAAAGACAAGCGUCUGAUGGCCGAGGUUAACGCUUCACCACUCAAACACUUUGUCACUGCUAAAAAGAAGAUUAAUGGAAUCUUUGAGCAGCUUGCAGCUUACAUCAAGGAGAGUGCUGCAUUCCUCAAAGAAACGUACCAGGAUGGAGAACUGGAUCCAAUCACCACAGAAGAGCAGGUGCUGGAGGUGACUGGUUACCUCUCGAAGGUUGGAGGAAUCAGUGAGGUGCUGGCACGGCGACACAUGAAGGUGGCGUUCUUUGGCAGGACAAGCAACGGGAAAAGCACAGUGAUCAACGCCAUGUUAUGGGACAAAGUCCUACCUUCGGGAAUCGGCCACACCACCAACUGCUUCCUACGUGUGGAAGGAUCAGAUGGGAAUGAAGCCUAUCUGCUGACAGAUGGAUCUGAGGAGAAACGGAAUAUCAAGACUGUGAAUCACUUGGCUCAUGCGCUACACCAGGAUGAACAACUCACUGCUGGCAGUCUUGUUUCUGUCAUGUGGCCCAAGAUGAAGUGUGCCUUACUGCGAGAUGACCUGGUGCUGAUGGACAGUCCUGGAAUUGAUGUAACCACAGAGCUAGAUAGCUGGAUUGAUAAGUUCUGUCUGGAUGCUGAUGUGUUUGUGUUGGUUGCAAACUCUGAGUCAACAUUAAUGCAGACGGAGAAGCAGUUCUUUCACAAAGUGAAUGAGCGAUUGUCACAACCCAAUAUUUUUAUCCUCAAUAACCGCUGGGAUGCAUCUGCAUCAGAACCUGAAUACAUGGAAGAGGUGCGACGGCAGCAUAUGGAUCGCUGCACCAGUUUCCUGGUGGACGAGCUAGGAGUGGUAGACCGGGCUCAGGCCACUGAUCGCAUUUUCUUUGUAUCAGCCAAGGAAGUUUUGAACGCUCGAAUCCAGAAAGCUCAAGGGAUGCCCGAAGGAGGUGGAGCACUGGCUGAGGGAUUCCAAGCAAGAAUGUUUGAGUUCCAGAACUUUGAGCGGCGGUUUGAGGAAUGUAUUUCACAGUCAGCAGUGAAGACCAAGUUUGAGCAACACACCGUUCGUGCCAAGCAGAUCUCGGAGGCCCUGCGGCGAAUUAUGGAUUCUGUGCACGUCUCUGCCACUGAGCAGAGGGUGCAUUGCCUGAAUCAGAGAGAGGAGCGAAUUGAUCGAUUGGAGUUUAUUGAGAAUCAGCUGGACUUGUUAACUCAGGAUUGUAAAAGCAAGAUAAAACAAAUUACUGAGGAGGUGGAGCGACAGGUCUCUAAUGCAAUGGCAGAAGAAAUACGACACCUUUCCAUGUUGGUGGAUGACUUCCACUUGGAUUUUCACCCCUCCCCAGUGGUGCUCAAAGUCUACAAGAGUGAGCUUCAUAAACACCUUGAGGAAGGUCUGGGACGCAACAUGUCUGAGCGUUGCUCUGUCACCAUUACAUCCAGCCUUCAGAAAACCCAGCAAGAAAUGAUUGACAGCCUUCAGCCCCUGCUGCCACCUACAGAGAGAGGCCAUGUAGAUCUUCCAGUCCCUCGUCAGCGUUUCAGUCUCAGCUAUGACCUGAACUGCGAUCGGCUCUGUGCAGACUUCCAGGAGGACAUUGAAUUUCACUUCUCACUUGGAUGGACGAUGCUUGUCAACCGUUUCCUUGGACCAAAGAAUGGCCGCAGGGCAUUGGCGGGAUGCAAUGACCAGGUGCCAAGGCAACUGCCUAUUACCCCAGUCAGUACCAGCUUGCCACCUUUACCCCAGGGGUCAAUGACCCAGGAAGAACUUAUGGUGUCUAUGGUAACUGGAUUAGCGUCUCUAACUUCACGGACAUCAAUGGGAAUAAUCGUAGUUGGUGGUGUGGUGUGGAAAGCAGUGGGCUGGCGGCUGAUUGCAUUGAGUGUUGGAAUGUAUGGUCUCCUCUAUGUGUAUGAGCGCCUGACUUGGACAACCAGAGCAAAGGAACGAGCCUUCAAGCGUCAGUUUGUGGACUAUGCUGCUGAGAAGUUACAGCUCAUAGUCAGUUAUACUGGUUCCAACUGCAGUCAUCAGGUUCAACAAGAGCUGGCAGGGACAUUUGCCCAGCUGUGUCAGCAAGUGGAUGUAACACGGCAGAACCUGGAUGAGGAGAUUAAAGACCUGAAUAAGAAGAUUGAACUGCUGGACUCGCUCCAGAGUAAAGCCAAGCUGCUCAGAAACAAGGCUGGCUGGCUGGACAGUGAGCUGAACAUGUUUACUCAUCAAUACCUGCAACAGAACAGAUGAGCCGGACUGGCAGGUGCAAGAUUGCAAGGUGUCUUCACUUCUGGAGCAGGCAGUCCAGCUGCUGCAUUGGAGGAGGAUGGUGGGGAAGGGUGGUGAGGACACCACUGGGAUCUUAAUUUCUUGCUCAGUAUAAUUUAUAAACACUUUUGAAAUUGAUUUCAAGCUGCUGGGGCAGAAUUAGCAACAGUGACUUGCUGACCCUGUUUUACCUAUGGGGAGACUCCUGAUCCAGAUUGUGCUCCCGUAGUAUGAAAAAAGCAUGGACCCUGUACAACCUGGAGGUAGGAGUACAUUUGGAUUUUGAUCCUCUGAACAUUUCCUUCUCUCCCCUCCGGCUUGCCCAGGUAAUCUAAUCAUGUUGUAUAGAUCUUUCACCGUGGUAGGAAUGUUGACUGAAUCUGGUCAGGGUAAUUUGUGGCAAUUCCUGUUUUAUCUUGGUGUGAAUCUUCCAACUCGUAUACCUUUACAAAGGAAUAAAGAAGCCGAGAAUUUUUGUUUUACAACCCUGAGGGACACUCUCUGAACUCCAACUACUGGCUGAGGCUCAGGAAUUGUGCCUCUGAAUUACUCUUGGGUUUCAGAGAAAGAUUGAGGAUUCGACCUUUGCUCCACUAUAUGUGUCAUCUGCCAAUUGCAUUCCGGUUAUGGUAGCAUUAUUACUCUGAAUUCCUCAAUUAAAUCCUAAGCUGUAACUUUUAAAGUUACCCAUUGUUUCAGAUCUAGUGUUCUGUUCAUUACUGAUCAUUUUCUUAAAACAAGCAGUUUUAGACAUUGUUGAUUCAGACCAGAGGUUGACAUCAUAUUCAACUGAAUGCAGUCCUGGCAUGUGGUGAUGUCCCCUGCGUCUCAAUUGGCUGUAAGAAUAUUAGCCAGCUAGUAACAAAAAUAGGAAUGAAGUUCAAAUCUGAAUGGACUGGAUAAUAUGGAAAUAGAGGAGUAAUGUUGUAUGUGAAAAGAAUGUCUGUGAUAUAAUUUUAGAUGUGGAUAUUGAAGGGUUCAUGUGAGACCACCAGUACCGAUACUAUAAUUCUAGUUUAGUGCUGAUUAUGUUAGAGUUUCAGAAAUUGAAGGCAGCAUUGAUCUUGCCCUCUUCCUUGCCUAUUUUUCCUAGUGCCUAUUGUUCCUCUCUUUCCUGUUCAUCAUACUACGCCAAAUGUUAGAGAGUAUCUGUCAGGGAAUGAUAAGUAAAAAUCAGUGAAAGGUGAAAAGUUUCCAUUUAAUGAAUUUCAUUUAUAAAAGGUUUAGUUAUUUCCCCAUCCAGUGUAAAUGGAAAGAACAUGCACUGCUGAUGUGUGGACUGAUCAUUAUGUAAUUGGGUUUUCUUUUUGUUUUGUUGGCAUGGUGGCUACAUCGAUGGGGCAUCAUCUCCACUGUCCCAAUGGUAUCAGAUUCAGAGACAUCUGGAGCCCUAUUAUGUUGUCAUAUUGUUCUCAAGGCUUUGCCCAAGGAGGAAAUAAUAUACCAUGAAUAUUUGUCAAUUUUGUAUUUUAACUUCUCAUCACAAGCAGCACUUGGUUCUAUUGCAGUAAGGUGACUGAUUGGGUGUGAAAUGUUUUACUUGCAUUGUGAAUCACAUUUUUAACUCUGUCCCAGGAACAUAGUUGUGGAUCUGCCUCCUCAUCCUUGAUGCAUUUAAGGUAAUUGCUUUUGUGUUUAAACACUGUAUUGGUUGAGAUUUAUAUCACUGUUUUAUGGAUUCAGACAUUCACUUUGAAAUUCACUAAUGAAUAUCUUGAAGAAAAGACUGGUUAAUGUUUCUGAGACAUUAACCUGCUUCGUCUUUUUUUAGAUGGAAAUUAAUCUUCUAUCCAGUUUUGUUCCUAAGAACUAAGUGAGUUUUCUGGGAGUGAUGGGAUUCUGCUUCACUUGGGUUUGAGUCAUGGCACCGAGUAGCAGCAAAUGAUGAGCAUCAAUAAACUUCUUGCUGUAAUGAGAUUGCAGGAUGGGUCUAGAUCUCUGUCCAUGAUGAAAAGUUCUGAUUAGAGGUAAUAAAUCUGAAACAUUGAUUCUUUCUCUCCCCAUAGGUGCACUCUUGUUCUGCUGAGUAUUUCCAGCAUUUUCUGUUUUGAUUUCAGAUACUCAGCAUCUGCAGUAUUUUGUGUUUGUUCUAAAUCUCUGUACUUUUGACAGUACCUAUUUUGUUGGAUUUUGAACAAAUGCUUUUGGUUGAAACGCACUUUAUGUUUUUGCUGCUCGAGGUUAUAAUCUUAAUCUAAUAGUUAAAAUUUAUGUAGAGCCCUCUCUGUGACUUGUACUGUUGUCUUUGCCGUCUGAUAAUCAGUACCGGGCUUGUUUAAAAUAAAUUAAUUUGGAAAAUA